AUCAUCCCUUCGAUUAUUACGUUCGGCACCCGACUACCCUCUUGGGUGUGUAGAUAAUAUUACGUUAACGUAGUAAUUUUUAUUAUUUUAAAGCAUGUAUACUCAAAUCAUUUACAUACACCGAUGUUUCACGGCCAUUGUUUUGGUGAAAAGAAAAUGUUAUCGCGUUUAUUGUCGCGAAUAAGCCGACGUCGCGGUUAACACGGCAGCUUCCAGCGGGACGUCUGUAACGCGAAAUCAUACGCCGCAGCAGUGUGAACAUAUACUGCAGUUAUCUAUGUGAUUCGAUAAACGACUAUUGUGGUAUUGUCCUUCAAAGGCAAAUUCUAAAAGGAAUGAUCAUAUACUUGUUAGAUAUCUCAAUAGUUUUAAUGAGUAUUUUACAAGGCACAUCGUGUAUAAAUUGCUUUAAAUGUUCAUCUUUGAAUGGAAGUAAUGCAAAUUGUGAAGAUCCGUUUAAUCCUGCAAUGUCUACAUACAUAGAAAAGUGUAUGGUUCCAAAAAGAGGUCAUGUAGGAAUGUUUCCAGCAAAUUUUUGUACUAAAAUCAUUGGGAGAAAUGUGUUAACCCAUGAAAUUAUGGUCAUCAGACAAUGUGCCAUGAAAACUAUGGACUCUCAGUGCGGUGAAUUCAAAUACCAAGAUCACACCAUGAACGGAUGUAUUCUCACCUGUGAUUUUGACGGGUGUAAUUCAGGACAAAAUAAUAAGCCUAAUACCGUGUUACAAAUUACGCUUUCUGCGCUGCUACUAGUACUAACAUCAUACUAUAUCAACAAAACUAUUGAAUGUUUUCAAAUUACUUAGAAUAAUUAUUUGACAAAAAAUCAAAUAUCUAGCUUUUCAAUGUAUAUUUUAUAAUUGUUAAGUAAUUCAUCCAUUCUUUAUUGUUAUGAUAUUAUUAUUAUUAUUAUUAUUAUUAUUAUUACAUUAUUACAUAAUAUACAUAAAAGUUAAAACUGAAAUAGGGACGAUAAUAUCACGUAACCUUAUUUUUUUAAAAAAUUAUUAUAAACUACAAUACAACUAUGUGUUCUUAAUACCGUUCUUCCCGAUUCCCGUCAUUAUUCUAUCAUCUAUAUUUAUCUACCAUAGUUCAUAUUAUUAUUAUUAUUAUUAUUAUUGAAAAUAUCGAGCGUUUAAUCUUGUAUUUUCUUAGACUUAAAACGAAGGAUGUGUCAACUGUCAAGUGCCAUUAUAAUAAUUGUUUUUAUUUUAACUAUUAUGCAACAUUCAAUACCUACAGGUUUGUGGCCUGUUUAGGUAUACUUAUUUUGGUUCAUAAUAUUAUAUUAUAAUAUACAAGCUUCAAUAUAAUUAUAUUAUUUUUUUUUAUUUUAAAUUUUCAAUCCUUAUUUUGCUAAAUUCAUUAUACGAUUAUUAUAAUAUUAUGGUUAAUAUUGAUUAUGCUAAUAUAAGUUAGUCAUUUAAGUAAAUCAACGCUGUGAUUAUUUUGAUCUAAAUUGUAAACAUUUGAUUACCUGGUUAUUAGAAGGAUAAAUAUUGUUAUUGAAUCGAGCAAAAUUAUGAUUUUAAAUAUUUAUAGUUUACAUUUGUUGACUAGUAGGUAUUGUAGACGAUAUUGUGUCCAUAAUCAAAAGUAGGAGUAUAUUAUAAUGUACGUAGUAUUUAAUUGCUAUUUAAUUAAUUUACUUUCAUAGUUUAUCCUAUGAAUUCUUUGG